AACCCUCUCCCGAACCGACCGGCGCAAGAUGUCGACCGGCAUAGCAGGAUGGAUAACAUGCCGGCAAGUGCUGAACAUAAUGGUGAUCUUCGGCUUCAUGCUGAACUACGCUCUUCGCGUAAACUUCACGAUCGCGAUCGUGGCGAUGACGAAAACGAUCGUAAAUGUAGCUACCGGAGGAGAUAAUAGUACCGGAUUGGACGUGACCGACACGACGACACUAGCCGAAUUAUCCAGCACCACCACCGAAUCGUCCGUGAUUGAGGAGGCGGACAAAUUUGAGUGGGAUGCUCGGCAGCAAAAUCUUAUGCUCGGAAGCUUCUUCUGGGGUUACGUGUUGACGGAGCUGCCGGGUGGCCGAUUGGCCGAGAUUAUUGGCGGGCGGCGUGUGUUCGGGUACAGCAUGCUGUGGGCCAGCUUGCUUACCCUGCUGACACCACUCGCUUCCAACACGCACUACAUUGCGGUGGUGAUACUGCGUGCCGUGCUUGGCUUUUUCCUCGGUGCAUCCUGGCCCGCCAUUCAUCCGCUGACGGCUGUAUGGAUUCCACCGAUGGAUCGGUCGAAGUUCAUCGCGAACAUGAUGGCAUCUUCGCUCGGUGCUGCUAUUACGAUGCCAAUCUGCGGGUUCUUGAUCGCCACGAUCGGAUGGCAGAGUGUGUUCUACUUUACCGGUGGUCUCGGUUUGCUGUGGUCGAUCGUGUGGUUCUUGGUAGUGUUUGAAACUCCGGCUUCACAUCCUCGUAUUACGCCCGAGGAAAGGAACGAGAUUGAGACGGCCAUUAAUGCCGCUGGCAAGAAGAAGAAGCCUUCGUACGUGCCUUGGAAGUCGAUCAUUACCUCACCGCCGGUAUGGGCUAUUAUUCUGACGCACGGUGCGUCCGUGUUUGGGUUCUUUACCGUGGUGAAUCAGUUGCCAACUUACAUGAAGUACAUCCUGCAUUUCAACAUUAAGGAGAACGGAUUACUAUCGUCCUUGCCUUACUUUGGAAAGUACGCCAUGGCUGUGAUCUCAUCGCAUUUAGCUGAUUACCUGAGAAAAUCUGGCAAAUUGUCGACGACUGCUACUAGAAAGAUUUUCACCGCCUUCGCUGUGAUGACUCCCGGCUUCUUGAUGAUCAUUCAAGUGUACAUGGGAGAGAACCGUUCCUGGGCGGUCGGUAUCUUCACGCUAUCGCUCUUCCUGAACGGUGCCGUCACGGCCGGUUAUCUUGGCAACGGGCUGGACAUUGCACCCAACUUUUCCGGUACCAUCUUCGGUAUGGCUAACACGCUGUCCUCGUUCGGUGGUUUCGUAUCCGCCUACAUGGUCGGUGUGCUUACCAACGACAAUCAAACCUACGGUCAGUGGCAGAUCGUCUUCUGGAUUCUGGCCGUGGUAUACAUUACGGGUUCCUCGGCGUACGUGUUGAUGGGUACGGGUGAGCUGCAAGCCUGGAACAAUCCUCCCGAGAAGGGUGACGGUAACGGUGAAACCGAGGAAGGUGUCCCACUAAAUCAGCGCGGACAGGCCGCGAUCAAGUAAAUGGGAAACGCAUAGCGUUUU